AUGUCAAAAGUCAGAGUGGCACCGUUGAAAAAAUUAACGCUUCCGAGACUGGAAUUGUUAGGAGUGUUAGUGGCUGCAAAAUUGUGCAAAUAUUUGUCUGGUUUAUUUAAUAAUUUGUCUGAUAGAGUAAUAUUAUGGACGGAUUCAGAAAUCUGUUUGUGUUGGAUUAGAGGUUCAUUUAGGGAGUGGAAACAAUUUGUUGCAAAUCGUAUUUGUCUUAUUCAAGAUUUGACUUCGCCUAGUAUGUGGAAAUUUUGUCCAGGUUUAAUGAAUCCAGCAGAUAAACUGACAAGAGGUGAAUCAUUGAGUUUGUUGAAAAAUGACAGCGUGUGGUGGCGCGGACCAAAGUGGUUGGCUAGUCCUAGUGAUGAGUGGCCGUUGCAGAAACAAUACUGUUCGAAUGACGCGGCGAAAGUUGAACUUUUGAAAGUUAGUGUUAACACGGUUGUUUCAUCGUGCAGUCCUGUAUUAAAAGUUAACGACUUUAGUAAUUUCAAAAAAUUACUGAGAGUGACUGCAUGGGUGUUGAGAUUUAUUUCGAAGUCCAGAAAAUUAUCAAUUGAAAAGGGUCCACUGAGUGCUAUAGAAUUACAAGAAGCUGAAGAGAUGUGGAUAAAAACUGUGCAGUGGGAAGUGUUCCGCGAGGAAAUUCAAAGGCUUCAAAAGAAUCAGCAGAUUAGUAAAUCUUCUAAGAUUUAUUCCUUAUCUCCAUAUCUGGACGAGACUGGUGUUCUUAGGGUAAGAGGACGUCUAAAGGAGGCUCCAUUGACUGAAAAUGAAAAACAUCCAGUUGUACUUCCGAAAUCGAAAUUUGCGGAAUUGGUGAUUUUUCAUGAACAUCUUCGUGUCUUUCAUUCGGGUGUAUCAUCAACUUUAGCUCAAGUGCGUAAGAAAUUCUGGAUACCGAAAGGAAGACAGACUGUGAAAAGAGUUAUUUCUACUUGUUUAAUCUGCAAAAAAUAUUCGCUAAAACUAGCUAAGCAGUUAACUGGUCAAUUACCCUUGGAACGUAUUGCUGAAAGUCCACCGUUUACUAAUGUGGGAACUGACUUUAGUGGUGCAAUAACUGUUAAAUCUAAAUUAAACAGUUGUGAGAAAGUGUACAUUGUAUUAUUUACAUGUGCCGUAACUAGAGCGGUUCAUAUUGAAGUAGUGCAAGAUAUGUCCGUAAAAAGUUUUAUCUUAGCUUUGAGACGUUUCCUAGCAAGAAGAGGAAAUACAAAAAUAAUAUUUUCUGAUAAUGCAAAGACUUUCCGUUCAUCUUGUGAAAUACUGAAAUCUUUUCGUAAAAUAAUAAAGCAUCCAGAGCUGCAGAAUUUUGUAGCGUCGGAAAACAUCAUUUGGAAAUUUAUUCCAGAACGUUCUCCAUGGUGGGGAAAAUUCUGGGAACGAUUGAUGAAAAGUAUUAAAGACCCGCUGAGAAAAAUACUCGGUAGAGCUCUAUUGACAUUAGAAGAGCUUGCUACCAUCCUUACAGAAAUUGAGUUUAUUUUGAAUAAUAGACCAAUUACCUAUGAGUUCAAUGAUUUAAAUGAACCAAUUGCAUUAACAACUUCAUGUUUUUUAUUUCCAGGAAAGGACAAGAUUAACUUUCCAAAUUAUUACCUUGAGGUAUUUGACAAAAGCUCUAACCAAAAGACUUUACAGAAACGUAAAUUGUUCCAGACUCGUUUAAUCAAGCAAAUUUGGUCUCAGUGGAAAGAACAGUAUUUAUUGCAAUUGAGAAGUGCUCAUAAUUUUUUAGUUCCUCACUCCCAACAGAACUUAAAAAUUGGAGAUGUAGUGCUUGUUGAAGGACCUUUGAAAAAUAAGUUACUGUGGGACAUGGGUGUGAUCGAUAAAGUUCUCAUAGGAAGAGAUGGCAAUGUACGUGCAUGCAUAGUCCGCACGUCUAAAGGUUACUUAAGAAGAGCAAUUCAACUACUCUAUCCAUUUGAAGUGACUGUUUUGUAA